AUGUGGGAUCUUACCUCUGAAUUGAAAGCUGCUAAAGUCUUUAUGAUCUGCUACGACUGUAAUCAUAUGAACGAGGACGCCGAAGCAAGCAAGGGCGGCUACUACGGUAUGUCAAUUCUUGUCUCAGGAGCCAAUGGGUUCAUUGCAACACAUAUAGUAGACACUCUGCUCGAAGCAGGCUACCCGGUAAUUGGUACUGUUAGAUCGCUCACAAAAGCCGAGCCUCUGCACAGGGAUUUUCUCAAGAAGUACCCAAAUGCAAAGCUGAGUUUUGAAGUCGUGGAAGAUAUCACAGCUGAGGGUGCAUUUGAUGAGGUACUGCGCAAUCAUAAGGAUGUCAAGUACGUCCUUCAUACUGCUUCCCCUGCAACCCUCGAGCUCGACAAACCUUUAAAGGAGGCAUACUUGGAUCCAGCAUUGGCAGGGACUCUCAGUAUCUUGAAAUCCGUCAAAACGCAUGCUCCUCAGGUGAAAAAUGUGGUCAUCACAUCCUCGUUUGCCGCAAUUUUUGGUUUCAGCAAGGACUAUGUCACGUACACCAACAAGCACUGGAGCCCGUUAGAGUGGGAACAGGUCAACAAUGAGGUUCUUGCUUACUGUGUAUCCAAAAAGUAUGCUGAAAAAGCUGCUUGGGAGUUUGUGGAACAAGAAAAGCCAAACUUCACGUUAUCUACGGUUUGUCCACCGUACGUGUUUGGACCUCAGAUUUUUGAUUGGAUGGCUGCUAACAAAGUGAAUACUUCCAAUGAGCUGAUUACUAAAUUAUUCAAAGCUGCGCAAACCACGGACUUCGUGGAAAAGCCGAGCGGUCUCUUUGUUGACGUGAGAGAUGUGGCAAAAAUCCACAGGCUGGCACUGGAGAAGGAAGCUUCAUAUGGAACCAGGUUGUUUAUUGGCUCUCAAACCUUUACCGGCCAAACGCUUCUGAAUAUCUUAAAUAAAAACUUUCCAGAAAAAAAGCUUUCUGUUGGAGCUCCAGAGAAGGAUAAGCCAAGCAGAGUGUUCGGGUUUGACAUUGGCAACGUGCUGGAUUCUCUUGGAGGCUACGAGUUCAUUUCUCUUGAGCAGUCUGUCGUUGACACGGCAUCUCAGUAUUGGAAAAUGAAUCCUUAA